UUGCCGCCUCCUCUUCGCCUGCCCUCCCAUCGCUACCUCCAGCCUCCCCUAACGCAGCCAUGAAGGAGAGUUGAGCUCUGCCACCUUCAGUUGCUUUUACAGCGCAGGAAGUUGGCACCGGGCAGCUCUUGCUGUUAACGGGAUCCCGGGGGACUGAAAAGAGGCAAAGGCAAAGGGAGGGAAUCCGGAGGGAGAGUUUUUCUUGUGGGAAGUAGGAGGCUGUCGGACUCCCGGACUUCGUGAUGGACCCCAAGGAGCGGAAGAAAAUCCAGUUUUCGGUACCUGCGCCGCCCAGCCAGCUGGAUCCCCGUGCAGUGGAAAUGAUCCGUCGUCGGAGACCAACCCCAGCUUUGCUUUUCCAGCUUUCAGAAACCUCCCCUGAUGAAGCAUCCCCAUAUCAGAGAUCUCUGGGUGAAGGAUACCACCUUAAAAACAAAAGGAAUGCCCCCUGUGUCUACACCCCCCCUUCUCUUAAAGCUGUGCAACGCCUCGCACAGAGCCAUCUGGAAUCCAACAGUUCCUGGAUGGAUGAAGACUAUGCUGAAGAUGUUGAAGAAGGGGAAGAAGAAGAGGAGGAGGAGGAGGAAGAAGAUGCUCAAGAUUCAGAUGAUACUGUGAGGGAGAUGACUGGCUUGUAUAAAUCAGGAGAUUCCCAAGGGCAGGGUCCAGCUUCCAAGGGAAGACUGCUAAGACAGUGCACUGUCUUGGAAAAUAAGCCCAAGGAAUCUGAGCAUCCAGUCUGCCCAUCUCUCUCCAAAUCCCAGAAACGGAAAGGUAAAUGUGGGUGUUACAAUAUAGAGUUAAGAGGGAUUUAUUGCUGGAGGACGUAAUCAAAGGUAUGAGUUUGGUCAUAGUCAUUCUCAUUCUCUCUCUCUUUUUCUUUUUCUCUCUGUCUCUUCCAUGGCCAAAAAGUUUUCACAUGUCUUCGAAAGAUAAUAAAAACUUACAGAAAAUUAGCAGUUCUCCUUUACAGGCAAUCUGUCCCAAUGCUUUUAAUUGUUGUCCAUUUUCAACUCUUGCCUUCACAGAUGAAGGCACAAUAGUAAAUGUUCUGAGAGAGCAAGAUGGAACUUGUGAUACAUAUAAACAUUUUGAUGAUCCCGAUAUAUAACUUUAAUUUCCUCUUCUAUUGUGGUGAAUAUAAAAUUGUGUUUCUGAAGUUCAGGAAUUUUAAGUUAGAUGUACCGGGGAAUUCUGGGAUUUGAAGUUAUACAUUAUAUUACCCCAUAAGUGUGCUUUUGUUUACUUGAUGGUUAAAACAGUGUGAUAUGUGAACCUAGCAGUAAAAGCUUAUAAUACGGAGUGGCUGCCAGACCUCAAAUUCAGUAGUUGCUAUGUAGCAAGUUAGGAGAUUCUGCAGAGCAGAAGAGUUUUCUCAUCCAAAGCUUCCUGUCCUCACGAAUAAAAUAUUUUAAUUGUUUAGUAAAGAUUCCCUGGGUAUAUUAGUAUUCCACCAGAAUUCUUACCUAGAGUGGCAAUUGGCCAUCCAGGUUGGGAAUUCUGGGAGUUAUGGUAAAAUACCCUACUUCUGAAAGACGCUCCAUGUGGGCAAAGACUGAUAAAUUCCUUCAAUAAGGUGCUUUCUUUUUGCUUUUUUUUUUCUCAGGCCCCAGGGAUAUAUUUUUAUCUAUUACAGUACUGGUUUUUCAAAUGGUCAUCUGUUAAUUUACAAAAAAUGGUGAUGUGCCCAUACAAAAAUAUGUUGGAUUCUUCUAGCACUACAGAUAACUUUUGGGAGAAAUCACACUUGAAUUCAUGUUUCUGGGUAUCAUUCAUACUAAUUCUCCAAGAUAGCCUUAGGAGCCUUUCAGAAAAACAGGGCACCAGAAGUACUUAUAGAGAGGGUACUGAAUGGUUUAUGUAAAUACUGAUGUGACCACUGAAAGAACUGUAGUUCUGGAUGAAGGUCAAGGAUUCAACCAAGUUCUAGAAAAUCUUAAUGACAAUACAUGGACUAGGGACAGAGCUAACUGUUAGUGGACAAUAUUUUUCCCAGAAAUUGAACAGAAUUUUCUUCCAAUCUUGACAGCAAACAUAGAGCUGUCGGAUGGCAGAAUGGGACAAUUGACCAA